CAGGUCAGUGGCGCUCAGAUGCUGGGGACGCUCUCGAGCUGGUGACAAGUACUGGAGGAGAAUUAACUGGUCCAGAGAAGGGGCGUGAGGGGAAAUGCCGCUGUAGGACCCCGUGACCUGCCUGGCAAGGAAUGCAGCUUCCUACUGAGAGCCUCUUCUCCACGUCGCCCCACAGGCCGCUCCUGCCUCCCUGGAAGGGGCACUUAGGAUUUUGCAAUUGGCCACCUAAAACUUUUGCUGAGCCAAAGCAGGACAUUUGCUGCAGAACUGAGCAAGAUAUCAUUGCAUGUUGCUUUUGCAUCUUUUAGUCAUCCGGGCUCCGGUCAGAGUUGUUUAGCUUGGAGAAUCUGAAGCUGGAUUUUUAACUGUUGUUUUUGCACACGCCUUUCAAAAUGAUCGACUUAAGCUUCCUGACAGAGGAGGAGCAGGAGACCAUCAUGAAGGUCCUGCAGCGGGAUGCAGCCCUGAAGAGGGUUGAAGAUGAGAGAGUCAGGCAUUUGCCUGAAAAAGUUAAGGAUGACCAGCAGCUGAAGAACAUGAGUGGCCAAUGGUUUUAUGAAGCCAAGGCCAAGAGGCACAGAGACAAAAUCCAUGGCACCGAUAUCAUCAGAGCAUCCAUGAGGAAGAAGAGGCUCCAGGUAGCAGCUGAGCAGAAUAAGGACAGAGAAAACAGGGCAAAGGAAAGCUGGGUGAAUAAUGUCAACAAAGAUGCUUUCCUUCCCCCAGAGCUAGCCGGUGUGGUGGAAGAGCCAGAAGAAGAUGUAGGACCAGCAAGCCCAAGUCCCAGCGUGGCAGAUCCAGCUUCCACCAUGAUUGAUACGUCCCAGGAAAACUCCAGGAACUCCGCUGCCUCUUCAGCUAAGCAAAGGAAGAAUCCAUUUAAUAGCUCCAAGUUGCCAGAAGAUCACUUAUCUCAACAAACCAAAAACGAGCAGUCGAGAAAUGGAAGGACUGGUUUCUUUCAGACUUCAAAAGAGGGUGAAUUAUCAGAGUCCAAAGAAAAGUCAUCUAUCCUGGAUAUUUCAAGCCAAAAGUUAGAGAAACCAAAGCAGACUUUUCCAGGCCCUGAGAGUGGAUCCCACAUCAAACCCCCAAUCCCUAAAGCCAGGAAAAUGAUCAACAAAUCGCAUGAUCUAAAGCAGGAUGAUAACCAGUCCUUUCCUGGACAAAGGACAGACUCCCUGAAGGCCAGAGGGCCUCCGAGAGGGAUCCUGAAGCGCAACUCCAGCUCCAGCAGCACGGACUCAGACACUGUUCGUUUCCACCAGGGCUUUGAACCCAAAAGCAAGAUUGGGUCACCGGGCCUAACCAUCCACGAGAGGAUCUCUGAGAAGGAGCAUUCUUUAGAAGACGAGUCCUCCUCCAGCGCACAGGAGCCACUGAAGCAAGUGAGGUUCUCUGCGGUAAAGGAGGAGCUCCCACCGAGUCCUGGGCUCAUCCAAGGCCGGGAAGUGGGAGAGUUCAGUGUUUUAGAAUCCAACAGGUUGAAGAAUGGAACAGAAGAUGCCAGGGACCAGGAUGAGUUCUGGAAGGACCCUACGCCCUCACAGUACAGAGAGCCUUUGCCUUUACCUCGAUCAGCCUCAAGCCCAAGUGCAUUGAAACACGAAACACAUCAGCCAAAGACUUCUGGUCCUUUUCCCAGUAACGGGCAGCCUUCUCCCUCGGAAGUUUUACCUGCAAGACCACAGUCCAGUGAGAAUUCACCCACCAUCAGUGAACACAAAGCUAAAUCGUCAGAAUUAUCAAGGCUUGAAUCGGAAUUGUACAAAAGCCCUGCUGAUGAACGGUCUCAUGUUGAGCCUGAGCCUUCUCAGGUGCCAGAUCGCAGCUCUAGAGACCAUCAGCAAGGUUCAGAGGAAGAACCCAGUCCUGUUUUGAAAACUUUGGAAAGGAGUGCUGCUAGGAAAAUGCCUUCCAAAAGUCUAGAAGACAUUUCAUCAGAUUCAUCAAAUCAAGCAAAAAUAGAUAAUCUGCCAGAAGAAUUAGUGCGUAGUGCUGACGAUGAUCAAAAAGCAGAUCAGGAACCAGAUACAAAUGAUCGCAUACCAGGAAUUUCCACAGUGCCUUCACAACCUGAUAAUCUGUUUUCCCACCCCGACAAACUCAAAAGGAUGAGCAAGUCUGUUCCAGCAUUUCUCCAAGAUGAGAGCGAUGACAGAGAAACAGAUACAGCAUCAGAAAGCAGUUACCACUUCAGCAGACACAAGAAGAGCCCAAGCUCUCUAACCAAUCUUAGCAGCUCCUCUGGCAUGACGUCCCUGUCUUCUGUGAGCGGCAGUGUGAUGAGCGUUUACAGUGGGGACUUCGGCAAUCUGGAGGUGAAAGGAAGUAUCCAGUUCGCAGUUGACUAUGUGGACUCUUUGAAGGAGCUGCAUAUCUUUGUGGCCCAGUGUAAAGACUUGGCCGCCGCAGACAUUAGAAAACAACGUUCAGACCCAUAUGUAAAGACUUACCUGUUACCAGACAAGGGCAAAAUGGGCAAGAAGAAAACCCUUGUCGUGAAGAAAACUUUGAAUCCUGUGUAUAAUGAGAUACUGCGGUAUAAAAUCGAAAAGCAAAUCUUAAAGACACAGAAGCUGAACCUGUCUGUAUGGCAUCGGGAUACAUUUAAACGCAAUAGUUUUCUUGGGGAAGUGGAACUUGAUUUGGAAACUUGGGACUGGGACAACAAACAGAAUAAACAAUUGAAGUGGUACCCUCUGAAGCGGAAGACAGCACCAGUUGCCCUUGAAGCAGAAAACAGAGGUAAAAUGAAAUUAGCUCUCCAGUACGUCCCAGAGCCAAUUCCUGGUAUGCCAUCUUGCGGUGACAUAUGGGUGAAGGAAUGCCUUGAUCUACCAAUGCUAAGGGGCAGCCAUCUAAAUUCUUUUGUAAAAUGCAUCAUCCUGCCAGAUACAAGCCGGAAAAGUCGCCAGAGGACAAGAGCUGUGGGGAAGACCACCAACCCUGUCUUCAACCACACCAUGGUGUACGAUGGGUUCAGGCCUGAAGAUCUGACGGAAGCCUGCGUAGAGCUUACCGUCUGGGACCAUUACAAAUUAACCAACCAGUUUUUGGGAGGUCUUCGGAUCGGCUUUGGAACCGGUAAUAUUUGAUACUUUUUUAAAUCUCCUGUGAGCCAAAUGCUUCUGGA